GUGGGCGGGGCUCCGCGUUGUUGUGUGGCUCGUGUCAGUUUGUGUUGGAGCGCGCAGCGGCUCGCGCUUCAGUUUGGCGUUUUUUCGCUUGUUGGUUAGCCUCGUUAGCAUCGGCGUGUAAUUUACCUCAGAAAAGCGGUUUCGGGGUUGAAAACUCGAUUAAAAUCGAGGGAUAACUUCGCGAAAAAGACGAGUUUACGAGGAUUUUCUUGUUUUUGCAAGUUUAUCUCCUUUUCUCCACGGCAGGAGUGGCUCCUCCGCGCCUGGAGCGGCUCCUCAGAUCAGAUUUCACCGAGAAACCAGCUGCGAGCGGCGGCCACGGCUCGGUCCUCUCAGCGCUGAACCGUUUCUACUUCCAUUCUGUCCAUCUUUCUCUACUUUUCUCUGCAUUUUCCUCACUUUUUACCUUUUUAUAAGGGAGAAGAGUGUCCUGUUGGAAAAGGGGACGAAAGAAAGAAGAGAAAAGAGGCGAAAAAGAAGGAAAAAGAGGGAGGGAAAGAAGGAGAAAAGGAAAAGAAGAAAAAUCCUACACAGCCUCACAACUUCUCAUCCCUUCUUUUAUUUUUUUCUGAGGAGAAAAAUAAAGAAAUAAGAGAAUAAACGAAAUAAAAAAGACGAAAAUCCCAAAUCCCAGCUUUAUUCCACUGAUUCAAACGAAAAUAAAUUAAUAAAACAACCAAGAAACCCCCCCAAAACCCCCUAGAAAUCAGACCCAGAGACCACGGCCCAGGGAUGGACGAGCAGCCGCGGCUGAUGCACUCGCACGGCGUGGUGGGCAUGGCCGGGCACCCGGGCCUGGGGCAGCACAUGCCGGACGGCUCGGAGGGAGAAGGGCGCAAGCAAGACAUCGGAGACAUUUUACAGCAAAUUAUGACCAUUACUGACCAGAGUUUGGACGAAGCUCAGGCCAGGAAACACGCACUGAAUUGUCACAGAAUGAAACCUGCCCUAUUCAACGUCUUGUGUGAAAUUAAAGAGAAAACAGUGCUGAGCAUCCGCGGCGCUCAGGAGGAGGAGCCUCCGGACCCUCAGCUGAUGCGUCUGGAUAACAUGCUGCUGGCGGAGGGCGUGUCCGGACCGGAGAAGGGUGGCGGCUCUGCUGCUGCCGCUGCCGCCGCCGCUGCUGCCGGUGGAGCCGGCGCGGAUAAUUCGGCUGAGCAUUCCGAUUACAGAGCGAAACUUUCCCAGAUCCGCCAAAUCUACCACACAGAGCUGGAGAAAUACGAACAGGCGUGUAACGAGUUCACCACCCACGUGAUGAACCUCCUGCGUGAGCAGUCCCGCACGCGGCCGAUCUCGCCCAAAGAAAUCGAGCGCAUGGUCGGCAUCAUCCACCGCAAGUUCAGCUCCAUCCAGAUGCAGCUGAAGCAGAGCACCUGCGAAGCCGUCAUGAUCCUGCGCUCGCGCUUCCUCGACGCCAGACGAAAGAGGAGAAACUUUAACAAGCAGGCCACAGAGAUCCUGAAUGAAUAUUUCUACUCCCACCUCAGUAACCCGUAUCCCAGCGAGGAGGCCAAGGAGGAACUGGCCAAAAAAUGCUCCAUCACAGUCUCCCAGGUCUCCAACUGGUUUGGAAACAAGAGGAUCAGAUACAAGAAGAACAUCGGCAAAUUCCAGGAAGAAGCCAACAUGUACGCCGCCAAGACCGCCGUCACCGCGGCCAGCGCCUCCGCCCACGGCAGCCAAGCCAACUCACCGUCCACGCCCAACUCCGCCGGUUCUGCUGGCUCUUUUAACAUGUCAAACUCGGGGGAUUUGUUCAUGAGCGUUCAGUCUCUGAAUGGAGACUCGUACCAGGGGGGCCAGGUGGGCGCCAACAUUCAGUCACAGGUGGAUACCCUUCGCCAUGUUAUCAGUCAGGCCGGCGGGUACAGUGACGGCCUCGCCGCCAGUCAGAUCUACAGUCCGCAGGGCAUCAACGUGAACGGCGGCUGGCAGGACGCUCCCACUCCUUCCUCAGUGACUUCGCCCACAGAAGGACCCGGCAGCGUUCAUUCUGACACGUCCAACUGACAAUCUCCACUGACUAUUACCACACACACACCCCACACCACAUCACACACACCACACACUCUCCAAACUCUCCGAACUCACAGGACUCACCGCUACAUCUGGUUUGGGAUUAUAACACACACAUGCGUUCAUACCGCACCUCUCCUGCGCUACUGUGGAACACGGUGUUUCUAUAGGCGGCUCGGGGCGAAUCGCCUGCAGUUUAUGAGGCUUAUAUUGAGUGAUGGAACAAAAACAACCCUUAUAUUUCAAUUUUUAACAAUUUCAACGUUUCACAACGCUUCAUUCUACCUCUCAGAAAAAAAAAAAGAAAAAAUCAAUACAAUAAGAGCAAUCUUUGUGUUCUGAACGAAACUUUUAUCAGCAGACAGCACCUCUGCUUGCGUAUUGUGUUCAAGUGUUUUCAAAGCAAGGUACUUUUUAAGGUAUUUUUUAUUUUAGUUUGUUUUUCAGUACGUGGCAUCGCAUCUAGUGUGUUUUUUUUUUGUUCGUUUAUUUUAUAUAUAUAUAUAUAUAUUAUAUGUAUCACUGCAUAAGUACAGGACAUUGCUACUUUUACUUUUUGUUUGCCUUACAGUUUAUUACAAAAUAUGUUUUGCUUUAAUUAUAUUAUGCUCAUGAAAACUAAAACUUAACAGAAAAUUCAUGCAAAUUCCUCAUUUGCGUGAAUUUUGUUUGUUAUACCUACCUAGAUUUAUAACAUCACAAUCCAAACCCAUAGGCAUCAGUGUGGAGUCGGUCCCCCUUUUCCCAUUAAAUUCCCAUUAAUUUGCUAUGAACAAAAAAAAUCUUGCACAUAAAAGCAAUAAAAGCGCUUUUAUGACGUCCCAGUCUAAGCCCUUUGGGUUAAUGCACAUUAGUGUGGAGUCGGUCCCCCGUAGCAGCUAUGCUAUAUGGACAAAAGUCAUGGGACACAUACGCAUUCCACCUACGGGAGCUGUUAUGACGUCCAAUUUGAUUAUGUCUAAACCAGGGUUCCUGCAGGUCCUUAAAAAGUCUUAAAAUGUCUUAAAUUUUCUUAAAUUUACUGUAAAUUUGCUGUAGGUAUUACAUUUUCAGACUGUGCUGGUGGGAAAGCACAUUAGCAGCACAUUAGGGGCAAGUUAGCUAACAUUACCAGAAGGAAAACUAAGGUUAACCGAGAGCUAGCUAACCUUAGCAGUGAGCUAGCCAACAUACUAAAAAGUUAUCUAGCUACUAGCUAUUGCUGGAGAGAGAGUUAGGGUUAGCAGAGAGCUAGCUAACAUAGUAAGCAGUGAGUUAUGUAGCUACAUUACUGAGGAGAGAACUAAGGUAAGCGGAGAGCUAGCUAAGGUUAGUGUUUAGCUAUCUAACAUACUAACAUUUGCAGCAAGUUUUCUAGCUAAAUUACUGGGGAGAGAACUAAGGUUAGUGGAGAGCUAGCUAACAUGCUAACAUAACAUUAGCGGCAAGUUAGCUACGUUACAGGGAGAGAACUAAGGUUAGGGAAAAGCUGGCUAACAUAACAUUAGCAGCGAGUUAUGUAGCUACAUUACUGAGGAGAGAACUAAAGUUAGCCUACAUUUUUGGGUUUUAAAUUAUAUUUAUUGCGGCCUAAAAAAAGGUCUUAAAAGCAUUAAAUUUGACUUUUAAAAAUGGUGCAAGAACCCUGUACACUCAAUCAAUAAUAUGGAGUUGCAGCUGCAUUAUGUGAACAAAUGCAAAAAAAAAUUUAAAAAGGUAAAAUAUCUUUCUAACGAUUUGCGAAUCGAAUUGGAUUUGUAUUGGAUUUUAAUACCAAUACAAAUUGCUGGACGAUAUAUCCAAAAUUUAUAUUGGGAUAUAUAUUUCUUAAUUUUGGCCGAUACUAUACAAUCCCAACAUCGAUACGUACAUAAUCGUGCACUGAUAGAGCUGGACAAUAUAUCAGUAUUUAUCGAGUUUUGCACUGUUAAAAAAAAUCCUAUUAAAAUACAGUUUCAUGCAGAUUACAGUGAAUUUUAUUAAAUUAGAUUCUAUCUUAAAAGGUGCAUCCCAAUACUUUUCCAAUACUCUUUAAAUCUCUCCCUUAAGAAGGUGUUUUAAAAUCUAUUUGCCCAAAAUUGGCCAACUCUAUUGGUGAUCUAAAGCGCUGCCACUAUGAUAGGGAGAUCGCUGGUUUCGGAAUCCUGGUUAUGCAGCUUGCCAUCAGCUGCCGGAGCCCCAAGAGAGCACAGUUGGCCUUGCUCUCUCUCUGGGUGGGUACAGUACAGUAGAUGGCACUCUCAUUUCUUCUUUCCCCUCAUCACUCCUAGGGUGAUGUGGAUCAGCACAAGGCUGCAUCUGUGAGCUGAUGUAUAUAUAUCUGCCUAAGAUAUAACUAUUGAACAAGUUAUUGGAUACGUGUUAAAACAUUAAAAGUGCAUUACUCAAUACUCCAUUAUGAAAAAACAGGCUACACAUCCUCUAAACUCUCCACACUGAUGCAGAUUUAAUUUGCAGUCAUUUCCACUCUUAUUUGUUUGUUUUUCUGCGAUGCUGUCUGUACGUUGAGCCAUAACAGUGUGUAAGUCAGUGGAAACAUAACUAGUGGCGGAAAUGGCGGAAACAUUAAGUCAUUACGGUGCGUGUAAUGUCAUUUCCCCCGGCGUUCGCUCUCACUUCACAUCGCUUUCCUACGCCGGACUGUUUAUCACUCCUCCACCUCUGUAAGGGAAUGUAUUAUAAUAAUAAUAAUAAUCAUACCCCGCUCGACUGAAUAGAGACAGGUGCUGUCUGUAAUCUGAAUUAUGUGAAGAGAUAAAGAUAAAGAGAGAGAAAGAGAUGAAGAAAAGCCCCGAUACACUGAAAACAGGGCUGCACUGACUUUAUUUGACCUAAACGUGUUUUUUUUUGUAUUUUCAGAUAAAAUAUAAGGUAAAAUAAUAAUGUCUUAUUGUCUUAUUGACAAAAAGCAGAAUUAUUUAAUUCCCAUUAUAUCUAAAAUCUAAAAGCCUGCCCACAUGUUUAUUUCUGUGUAGAGUUUCUUCAGAAAUCUAAGGAAAAACAAGGGAUUGUCUGCGCAAUAAUAGAAAAAAAUGUUCUGCAUGGUAGAUUAAUAUGAGGAAAAAUAUAUGAAAUUACUUGAAUUUCUUGCCUCUUAACGUGUUUGAGAGCAUCAGUUGUAAAGUUGAAGUAAAGUAUUUGAAUUAAAUUAAAUAUUUGAGUAAUGUUCUAAUCCAUAUUAUGAGAAGCAAGAAAUACUCAACUAAAUAAAACUAAGAAUAAAAUACUGUAAGGAAAACAAGAAAAAAGAAAAGUAAAAAAAAAUAAUAAUAAAUGAAGAAUUUUAAGAAAUUUGAAAGUUUAUCCUCAAUUGCAGUCACUGCAAAGACAUUAAAAACCUUUAUGAUGGUGGAACUGGCACUAAUCAGGACCACCCCAGAAAAUGAAAUAGUAUUUUGAGUAUUUUGGUUUGUUUAACACUUCUAUCUGACUAUACAGAAACACAUUAGGAACCAUGUAGUAACUUAGAUCACUUAUUUAUUCAUCUACAAUAUAUAUAUAUAUAUAUAUAUAUAUAUAUAUAUAUAUAUAUAUAUAUAUAUAUAUAUAUAUAUAUAUAUAUAUAUAUAUAGGAAAAAAAUAAAGAAAAAGACUAAACAUUGAAUUUUUAGCGAAAUCGUCCAUAUUAGGGGUGGGCAAUAUGGCCCUAAAAUAAUAUCACGAUAUUUUAUAGUAUUUUCACAAUGACGAUACUCUUGGCGAUUUGACAAAACACUGAGUUUAAAUUCAAAAUAAAAAAUAUUUUUUAUUAUUGCAUACAAUAUAAUAUGGCACACCCCUAACUAUGAUAUAAAAAAAAAAUACAAGAAUUUUAUUUUAUCUUUUUUUUUUUUAAUCAUAUGAUCCAGAAUGUCAUAACACUAAUAACACUAACACUACAAAUAUUUCCAUAUAUCCAGGAUUAAAGUAAAAUAAAUGAUACUGAACAGAUAUGAUAUGUCUUUAGUAGAUAUAUAAUGGGAAAUAUAAUGCGAGAAUACUGUGAAUUUUUCUUUUACUGAAAACAGUAAAUAAGUAUACCCUCUCGAGUGUAUUAUUGCGAUUAUACCACAGUUAUUUUAUCCAUUAUCACUGUUUAUUGAAAGGUUGUAAAGAGUUAAAGAGGAGGAGAAAAUAGGAUCUGUAAGCGCUGCAUCAUUGCUAAGUUACCUAUGUAUGAGGCACAAUAAUACAUGGAGAGCUUCGGUAAUGGUGCAGUGCAUUACCGGCUGAUAAUGGUACUCAUAGAACGCCUCUUUGCCAAUCACAUCGCAGGGUCAGAACUAACUGUGGUAUAGUUUACACUAUAUAUAAACGCUAAUGUAAUUAUUACGACAGGCCCAAGCGUGCAACUGAGCAAUAUUUUGCUCUAUAAAACAUAGAAACUUUACUAAACCUAAGUUUAUUUUACUUUUUUUUUUAUUUAACUAUACGAAAGUGAUGCACACGUUUAAAUGAAGUAUCGAAUAAAUCAGUGCUGCUCUGUUUUCAGUGCAGUGUUAAUUCUAAUUAUUGCACAUUAUUGUACUACAUUUGUUUCUUGUUUAUUUGCUUUAUUUGUUCUUGUUUGUUCGUUUUGGGUUUUUUUGUAUUGCGAGACUUUUUGGGCAGCACUCACGAGCCUGAACACGCCCCCUUUUUGACUCGGCCAAUGGAAGCUGGGUCUCGAGUCGCGACGUUACGAUGUGUAAAGGAACAUGAUUUGCUAUCUUCUUGUUGUCUCCAUGUGUGCGAACAGACUGUGAGUGUAAAGUUUUAGAAACUGAGCAUGUCUCCUCCGCUGUGGAUUUGAGAAAACAGCCGAGUUACUGCUCUUAACCAAAACCCUUGUAUAAUAGCUGUAUAAGAAAACUGUAGUAUCACGCUUUUCACCUGUACAUCCAUUAUGAAUUAGUUCUUCUCAGUUUUAAUGUAGUAUUUUUAAUGUAAUACAGUGGAAAUUCCCAUUAUAACACUGCUUACUAGGGGUGUUACGAGAUAAACACGUUAAUAUUCAGUUAAUGUUCAUUUUCUUUUACAUUCUUUAUGGAUAAUUUGAUGGAUUUACUGAGAGAAUUGAAUUAUCGUUAUGAGUGUUUGAUUGAUUGUUUUAAAUCAAUAACUGUAUAUAAGCAUGGAUGUUUAAAAGUUCCAUUCCCUUCUAUUCUGUAGAAAUUAGAGAAAUAUUACGUCCGCCAUGUUGUUAAAUUUCAAUUUGCAACCAGAGCAAUCGUUUUUGUUCGCAGCCCAAGUGUCUCAGUGUCUCAGACUGCCUUCAUUGAGUUUUUAUCCACAUGGAAGCCUUUAAUGGCUUUCAGUUAACAGCUGUGCUGAACUCGUCAAGAGUUAACCACUUCAUAAGGUUUUAAGAGCUUCUGUUCUGUAGAAAAUAAAGAUAUAAUACGUCCGCCAUGUUGUUAAAUUCAAAUUUGCACCAGAGUCAAUCAGAAUCAGUGCAGUAGAGACCAAAAGAGGUGGAGCCAAACUCACCAAGACCAAUCAUUUGUUUUCCGCCCAAGCGUUUCAGUGUCUCAGACUGCCUUCAUUGAGUUUUCAUCAAAAUCAAAGCCUAAAAGAAUCAGAAACAGCAGAUUCACCUUUAAUGGCUUUUAGUUAACUAGUCAAGAAUUAACCAUUUAAUAAGGUUUUAAGAGCUUCUGUUCGGUAGAAAAUAAAGAUAUAAUACGUCCACCAUGUUGUUAAAUUCAAAUUCGCAACCAAACUCUUCUAGACCAAUCAUAUUUGUUCUCAGCCCAAGCAUCCCACUGUCUCAGACUGCCUUCAUUGAGUUUUCAUUGAGUGACAGCGCAGCCUAAAAGAACCAGAAACAGAGCAGAUUCCCCUUUAAUGGCUUUCAGUUAACAGCUGUGCUGAACUCAUCAAGAGUUAACCACUUAAUAAAGUUUUAAGAGCUUCUGUUCUGUAGAAAUUAGUCUACAAUUAGUCUGUAAGAAUUAUCUCUUUUUACAAAGAGAAGAUAAAAGAAUUAAAAAAAGAUUUAAAAAAAUGUUUUUAACACUAUUUGGACUCGGUCCAGAUCAGAAACAAACGUAAAUUUGAUGAGAACUCUAAACAAGACUAAGUACAAUUAGCUAAUACCAAGUCCAGCAAGUCUAGCUACGCUAAUGCUAGCUGACUGGCUAAAAGCUAAACUGGAAAAACUAAAAAGUGAAAAGAAUAUUGUAAAACCUGUUGUUGAAAUACUAUAUACACAACCAAUUAUACCAAUAUCAUGAACGAUAUAGUUUCCAUAGAAACAAAGCUGAAAUUUUGUCCGCCGUGUUUUUUUUUUUUUAACUUGCAACCAGAGCAUGUGCAGUAGAAAACAAAGGCGGAGCCAGAUUUGCCUAAUUAUUUGGUAGCCCUGCCCCCAGAAAAUGUGUGUUAGUAGAGCUCUGACUUAGAGACUUAGUACAAACACCACCGAGUAUACUAUGCUAACGUUAGCUAACUGGCUAACAGAUAAUUAGCUAGAUGCUAACGUUAGAAAAACGUUACCGAAAAAACUGCGAAGAACUUCGUAAUUACAUAGUUAAUAAGCCUGACAACUGGACGACAAUGAUUGGACUCUUCUAGCUGUCUAAGCUGGUCAAAUCACUUCAUUUCUAAGCGAAGCCACGCCCCCUUUUUAUGAUAAAGUAGAAUAAAUUUUAAACACUUUUACUAUUUCUGGGGGAAAUAAAACUAUUAUUUAUGGGAAUUGUUGGAACACUGGAGAUGAAAAGUGUAAAAAAGUUCAAAGGAUAAACAUGGUAAUAUUGCAACAAACUUGGGAUGGGCGGAGCUACAACACACGUCAUACUGCAACCAGCCAGCAGAGGCGCUAGAGCUGCAACAUGUCCAUGCUUUUAUACAGUUAUAGUUUUUUUUUUUUUAUUGGAUUUUAUAAAAGUAAGCCCUGUCUAACAGUUUAAACAUUUCUAGACGUUCAUUAAACACGUAAUUAAUCUGAUAUUAAUGCAGAAAUUAAAGGCAGCUGACUUACUGACUAAAGUUAAAACACCAAAUCAUCCUUUUAUUUUUAUUUUUUACUUUUUUUUUUAUUUCUUUUUUUUUAAACAGUGUAGAUUUAUAGAUACACUAUAAUAAAGUAGAUUCUGACGAAAUUUGGAAUGGUUUCACUGUUCGGUUAAAAAAAAUGUUAAAAAAAAAAAAAAGGACACAUGUAAAGUAAGAAAAAAUAAUAAUUGCAACUAAAGCUGCAUUUACACUUUGUGUGUAUUUAAAUUUAUUUAUCAUUGAAAGUUACUUGUUUGUGUUGAUUAUGCUUUCACUCAUUCUUGUUUUAGCGAUCGGACUUUAACCAGAAAAUAAAAGCAACGAGAAUAAAAGAACAAAAA